AUGGAGGAUGGCAAUUCACGUGUAUGUGUACAUUGCGGUCAUACUUAUGGUUGUUCUUUUUUGAGGGUGUAUUUGAAGUUUUUGGAUGUUCUAGGUACUGUUGGUUGGAUGACAGUAGUAAGCCGGAGAUUAUCACGUUUGUUGGCACAAGUGUAUUGUGCUAAGUCAGACAUUUUAGCCCCGAAAGAUGUCACACCAGCAAAUGCUGUAUACGAUAAAGUUACACAUACCGGACAGGCAUGGGAUCAAGCCGAUUAUCGAAAUGUAAGAUUUACCAUAAUGUCGAAACAAGUGAAUCCAAAUGUUGCACAAAAAUUGAUUGCUGAAGUUCCACCAAUUGAAACAGACCAGCGUGUCGUGCACUGUGAUGGUGGCCAUUCGGCAUUAGGUCAUCCACGUGUAUAUAUUAAAUUGGAUAAACCUGGAAAUCAUGCGUGUGGUUAUUGUGGACAACGUUUCGUCAACACCCAUUUCACUCAAGGCAGUGAACACAGUAUCAAUCAUCUGGUAACAUAGAUACCAAUUUCUCCAGACAUUUGCAAAUCAUCCUUAGCCUUGUAGUUCGAUAGCCUUCUCAUAUAAAAUUGACAUCUGUAAGCGAAUAUAAUGAAACUUGAAUCUCUGAUCCUUCUGCUUUUAUUACUACAGUCCAUGGAUAUAGAACUCUUUAUUACUGAUGCACCAUUCAACCGGUCGCCUAUCUGUAAAAGUUGUCGGUAAUUGUGACCGUUUGACUUUAUCUGCCAAUCAGUGAUAUGACUUUCAUGUCCCCCCAUAACAUAUAUUUGUCAUGUUUCUUCAUGAUUCCCAGAAAUCCACCUAUGGGUGUUUGAUAUUUAAAUUGCAAAACCCAAUAUUUUAUUGUACAAUUAAGGCAAACAAUAUAAAAUCCAUUUAACAGCAGCACAAGUACAAAAUCAUGAAAAUUCUAAAAGAUUUUUGCAAGGUGGCCAGUUCAUUCCCUCUGUUUUGCCUUGUGCACGCAUUCGAUAACAAGAUUAUUAUUGAAAUGCCCUGUACGGCUCUAGAACAUCUAAGAAUUUAAAUGCUUCCCCUCUCCCUUACAGAAGCAAACUUCGCAGUUUGCCUUGUUUCACUUGGUCAACAAGAUGACCGCAACAAAAGAAUUAUUCCAAUAUUAUUAGUACAAACUUGUGAAAUACAACUCAUACAAUAAAACGAAACUGUUGAUCAUAAUACUUUGGAACAAAACAAUUCCCAAUAGCAGGAUCAAAUGAACAUGUGAAGUUAUCGGCUUCAAGGCGUACAUAAGAUUCUCGAGGAAUAAACGCUUUUAGUUUGUGUAUGGAAUAAUAUCACGACAAAAGAAUUUAAACCCUUUUUACUUUAUCAUAGAAAGAUGGAGAAAAAUUUACGGAAAUCCUGCCAAGGCCAUAAAACUUCAUGUUUUUCCCAUCUCCAAAAGUUACCCUGUAA